AUGUCUAUGAUCCAAGCAUUUUCGUUACUAAAAGACGUCAAGCCCUACAAACAGGGCUGGCGAGUCCAAGUUAAGUUGCUUCACUCCUGGAGGCAGAAAACCAAUUAUGGAGGAGAUACCCUUGAGAUGAUAUUCACAGAUGAAACUGGUGUUAAGAUACACUGCUCGGCCAGGAAGACUCUCAUAAAAAAACCAGAGAGUAAAAUACGGCUUGGUGAACGGCGACUCAUAGACACAUUUACAGUGUCUCACGCAAGAGGACAGUACCGUCCCACAGACCAUACUUACAAAAUGUCUAUCAUCGAAGACACCUCUAUAGACCAAAAACAACUUGAAGAGCAUCUCCAACAAACAAAUAAUCCUAAUAUGGUGUGCAUGAUCCGCUUUGCUAAAAUUGGGUUUUACAGAGGAGAUGUGCAGAUAACCAAUGCUUUUGAUUCAUCCCUGAUUUGUUUCGAUCCUGACUUACCUGAAUGUCUGGCUUUAAAAAACAAUAUGCCAAAUGAUGAGUUUGCUCUUGCUCUAACUGAUACAAAGAAUGAUAAGCGUCCGAUCAAGGAUCAAAUUGAUGAUUGGAAUGAUGUGGGUAUUAAAUCUAUCUCUGAAAUCAUCAUGGCAACUCAGGAUGAGGAUUGCAAAAUAAUUUGCUCAAUCGAAUCUAUUGAUACGGAUUGGAGCUGGUUUAUUUUUGUUCAUGUUAGCCGGAACAGGUGUAACAAACGUUGCCUUCGAAUCAAAUCAAAGGAAGGUGGUAAUUUGCCUACAAAUGAGAAACCAUUAUUCUGGUGCACAUCAUGUCGUGUUAAUACACCCACCGUAACCCCACAAUUCAAAUUGCAUCUGAUUGUCAAGGAUGACACAAGUACUUUCAAACUGAUGCUUCUUGAUUCUGUUGCUAAAGUCGUUGUGGGCUGCGAUGCUAAAGAUAUUUGGGAUGGUUCCUAUGAAGAGAUUGAAGAUCCAGAUAUUUUGCCUCAAGCUAUAACAGAUUUGGUUGGAAAAUCUAUUUGUUUUGGUCUUACUCUUGGCUCUGAAAAUGUUAAAAAUGGAUCAGACAUCUUUCUGGUUUCACAAGUAUGGUCUGGUGAUAAUAUUCUCCAAAUCGAGUCCAACUCUGAGCCUAUUACUCAUGUUAGCUCUGCUUCAUCAAUAAUGUCCGGUGGAGAGGUUUCUUUAACAGAAAAAAGUGAAGCAAAUUCAUCAGAAGGUUCUUCAACCCCAUUUUCAAAGCGUAAGGAAAAAGAUCAAGUUGACCAGACUUCAACUUCCAAAAAACUUUGCACCAAGGUGGUGAAGAUGGAGAAGAUUAAAGAUGACGAGCUGAAUGUUUAG